AUGUCGGAAGACCACGACAUUCACAAUAUUUCUUCCAAAGAGAAAUUCCCUAACUACAACGCCGGGAUGACAAAAGAAAUGGACGAGGAGAAUGCUGCUGGUCAAUUGGAGGAGAUCAACAACUUCCGACAAGGACUCCACCAGCGGCAUAUCCAGAUGAUCGCCCUCGCUGGCACUGUUGGCACAGGUCUCUUUCUGAGCUCCGGUCGUGCUAUCGCCCACUCGGGUCCGUUAGGAGCCUUUUUGUCGUACUCAAUCAUCGGCCUCGCUGUGGCAAGUGUGGUGUUUGGUGUUGGAGAGAUGGGUUCAUUGGCACCUCUUCAAGGAGGUAUUAUCCGAUACUGUGAUGUCUUCUUCGAUGAGGCACUCGCAUUUGCCAAUGGAUGGAAUCAAAUAUACUCGUAUAUUGUGUCCAUCCCCGCUGAACUGGUCGCCUGUGCUGUUAUCGUCGAAUUUUGGGUCACCGUGAACAGUGCUAUAUGGAUCACUAUCUUUGGUGUUAUCAUGAUCUUCACAGCACUGCUCUUCGUACGCGUAUACGGUGAACUGGAAUUCGGCUUUUCAAUGCUCAAAAUAAUGUUGAUUAUCGGUAUCAACAUCAUGGCUCUAGUCAUCACCUGUGGUGGUGCACCAAAUCACAAGACUACAGGUUUUGAAUUUUGGAAGGCUCCAUAUGGUCCCUUUGUUCAAUACCUCGAGAUCAAAGGCUCACUUGGUCGUUUUCUUGGGUUUUGGGCCACAUUCAGCAAUGCCCUUUAUGCUUAUUCAGGCAUCGAAAAUAUUACCGUUGCUGCCGCAGAGACUAGAUACCCCCGACAGGCUAUCCCAAUAGCUACACGACGUAUAUUUGUUCGAAUCUUGGUAUUUUAUAUAAUCACGAUAUUCAUGAUGACUUUGGUUGUGUCAUCUGCCGAUCCAGAUCUUCUUUCGGAAUCGGGAACAGCAGCCCAGUCACCCUUUGUCAUUGCAGCGAAGUCCGCCGGUAUCAAGGUGGUACCAUCGAUCAUCAAUGCGAUUGUUCUGACGUCGGCUUGGUCUUCGGGUAACUCGAAUAUGCUCGGAGGAUCUCGAAUCCUAUAUGGACUGGCUAUGCAAGGCCAUGCACCUGCUAUCUUCAAGCGCCUCAAUCGCUUCUCGAUUCCCUAUGUCGCCGUCGCUCUUUAUGGUGUCUUCAUGGCCCUCGGAUACAUGUGUCUCUCUAGUGGUGCAUCGGUCGCCUUUACGUGGCUCCAGGACUUGGUGUCUAUAUCGACACUCGUCAAUUGGAUAACUCUGCUGAUUGUCUAUCUUCGAUUCUUAUAUGGAUGCAAGAAGCAGGGGAUCGAUCGCAAGCGAGAGUUACCAUGGGCAGCUCCAUUUCAACCAUAUGGCGCAUGGUUUUCGUUGGUCAUUUUCAUCCUUCUCUUCUUGACCGGAGGGUUUUCUACCUUUAUCAAGGGUCAUUGGUCAACGGAGACCUUUAUCAGCUCCUACUUUAACCUUCCUUUCAUUAUCAUUGUUUACUUUGGGUACAAGCUCUGGAAGAGGACGAAGAUAAUUCCCCUGGACGAGAUCCCUAUCCGGCCUUUUAUUGAACAUUAUCGACAGAACCCUGAGCCCGAGCCAGCUCCAAAACGUGGACUUCGGCGACUGAAUAUCUUGUGGUCCUAA